UCUUCAUAUUCCUAGUUUUCCAACUGAGUCUGCUGCUAUGAUGGCUCCUCGUCAUCUUUCUCAUCGUUUUGACAAUAAAGAGCGAGGGCGUGGUCAUCCAAAAUGUGACUAUUGUGACCGUGAUGGUCACUGGAGAACACAUUGUUAUAAGCUCAAUGGAUAUCCUAGCAACAGAUCUCAACCUCGUGGAACACUUGAUAGACUAUCAGGUUCGUCAAAGGCAGCAAAUAAUGUCGUUGGUUCUUCCACUCCAGCUGGUUCCUCAAAAACUGAAAAUAUUGUUACUGGUUCUUCAACCCCUACUGAGAUAGUUAUCCCUGGCCUCACAAGUGAUCAAUACAAUCAGCUCUUGGAAUUUUUAUCACCCGUGAACACCAACUCUGCCAACUUUAUUGGACCUAUCAAUGACGAAGCUAAUUAGAACGAGUGAAGUACGAGAUGGACUUUACCACUACAAACCUUUUUCUGCCUCUGUUUUUCAUUCUCAAUGCAUUUCUGACUCUACUCUUUGGCAUCAACGACUCGGUCACCUUUCUACUUCAA